GGGGAGGUAGGGGCCCCGGGGGCAGAUCUGAUUGUUUUCUUGGAGAUAUAUAAGGGGUUUUAAGGGGAGUCGUGUGCCAGACACGCAGCCACUGAACCACAAGCAGCUUCGCUUUAACUGGAGUGCCUGGGAGUCGCGUGCCAGGAGCCGCACGGCCAGGACUGACUGACAGACACGCACCGCCACCACAACACAGGAGACCCGGGCGGGCAAACGCCGCCGCCGGGGCUCUUGGCAAACGCAGCCCUCGGAGAGGUCCCCCGCGGAGCUGCGCCGCAAUAGCGCCAGGCCUGCUGCUUCCAAGCGGGGAGAAGCACUGCGUUCCCGGCUGCGCGGAGAUACGGGGCACAAGCCAAAGUAACAGCGACGCUGAAGCACAGUUAGAACCAACUAACUGUUUUCGGUAGGAUGUUCGUCAAAUCCGAGAACUUGGAGUUGAAGGAGGAAGAGGAUGUACUGCUGCUGCUCGGCUCGGCCUCCCCGGCCUCGGCGGCCCUGACCCCGCUGACAUCCAGCGCCGAGGAAGAGGAGGAGGAGGAGGAGGAGGAGUUGGGCGCUUCUGGCGGUGCGCGGCGGCAGCGCGUGGCCGAGGCCGGGCCUGCAGCGCGGGGCGGAGCGGCGGCGGGCGCCGAGGUCGGCCGGCCUGCGCGGCUGCUGGGCCUGGCACACGAAUGCAAGCGGCGACCCUCCCGGGCCCGGGCCGUCUCUCGAGGCGCUAAGACUGCCGAGACAGUGCAGCGCAUCAAGAAGACCCGCAGGCUGAAGGCCAACAAUCGCGAGCGCAACCGCAUGCACAACCUCAACGCGGCGCUGGAUGCGCUGCGCGAGGUGCUUCCCACGUUCCCCGAGGACGCCAAGCUCACCAAGAUUGAGACCCUGCGCUUCGCCCACAACUAUAUCUGGGCCCUCACGGAGACCCUGCGCCUGGCCGAUCACUGCGGGGGCGGGGGCGGGGGCCUGCCGGGAGCUCUCUUCUCAGAGGCGGUGUUGCUGAGCCCGGGAGGCGCUAGCGCCACCCUGAGCAGCUGCGGGGACAGCCCAUCGCCCGCCUCCACGUGGAGUUGCAGCAACAGCCCCGCGCCGUCCUCCUCCGCGUCCUCCAACUCCACCUCCCCCUACAGCUGCACUUUAUCGCCUGCCAGCCCGGCGGGUUCAGACAUGGACUAUUGGCAGCCACCACCUCCCGACAAGCACCGCUACGCACCUCACCUCCCCAUAGCCAGGGACUGCAUCUAGUGCUGCCAUUUCUGUUACACACGUCAGGCCUUAGUGAGUUCUGUUUUCUGUCCUCCACCGAACCCUCCUCCCACCCUUUUCCCCUCCCCAUUUUCCACUUCCUGAUCACUGUCUCACUUCACAAAGCAGAUGUAGCUGUUCUAAUUUCUUGUUGUUUUUGUUGCACUCCGCGGCUAUGGGUUUCCUUCAUUCAAAUCGUCUCUGAUUUAAUGAGAUGAAGCUUAUUAUCAAAGAGAAUGGUGGAAUUUUGGGUGUGCUUUGAUAAAAAAAUUUUUUGAGGUUAGAAAGAUUCUGGGAGGAAGUAAGAAGGGUGGUGAAGGGUUUGCAGAGCGGACGGACGCUCCUCCCCUCUCUCUGUAAAGUCGAAGGACUUGGUGCAGUUCGCGUGAGUCACCCAGGGACAAUGCAACUGGUUCCUGUGAUCUCGUCACCUUUGCUUCUGCAUAGAGAUGUUAAUGUCGAGUAGAAAGAAAUGUAUCUUAGCAUCUGAAUGAUUUUACCGGUAAUAAUAUUAUCCACAGAUUUGCAAUGGCUGGCAUCUGCUUUAUUCCCAUUGCUGUCUGCAGGCUGUGGGAAUUUCACCUGUCAAACCAAACUUUCCUUCUCUGAUGUGCACUUUGUUCUGUUUCCCAGAUUCGUCACAAUGCCUAUUGUCCCGUCCUUCUCUUUCCUUUUUCUUCCCCAUUUUGCCAUCUGUCUCUUAUGAUUUAUAAGAGAAAAAAAGUUGUUUUGUUAGAGGGCCAGGUUAGAAGUCAUUGUAUAAUUUGUAGGCUUUGUAAUGAUUGAAUGCAAGCGUGGAAAUUUAGGCUGAACUCUCUAUCAAAAGAAAAAAUGUGGAGGAAAAGGGAAAAACCAGGAGGGAGGAUUGCU